AUGGACCAAGGCUCACAUUCUGCUGGGAAUGCGCCGCAAGCCCAGCAGGAAUUCUCAAACAGCUGCGCUAUUUUCGUUCUUGUUGUUUCUGAAAAUUGGCCGGAGCUGGGGCUUGCUGAGCUAAAUAAGAAAAAGAAACAGAAGAAGAAGAAAAAUCAAAAACAUACAACAGUCAGGAUUCGCUUGUGGUCACCCACCAUACUACUAACUGACCGGCGUGUGGCUUAA